AUGGGUCAGCAGCACGUGGAGACGAAGACAGGACCGGAUGUCCGGAAUGGCGCGGGGGCUCAAUUGAGCGCCGGAGCCCAACUCAGCGCCUAUGUGUUUGCAGCCUGGGAGCAUUUCAAAGACCUACUGGUCGAAGUGGAAUGCGCUUCCCUCUGGAAAAAUCCGGACUCCACCACAAGAUGGAAUAGAACACUCCACCAUCAAAAGUCGACAUUUUCUCCACAAAAAGUCGAGGGACAGAACUUUGAUGCCAUAAUAAUCGGCAGCGGACCUUCCGGAAUGUCGACCGGAUCUUAUUUAGCGAUGGGUGGAAAGAAAGUGCUCGUUUUAGAGCAACAUGAUACUGCUGGAGGGGCAUGUCACACUUUUGUUGACAAAGGCUUCGAAUUCGACACAGGUCAUCAUUACUCGCCUAACCUGAACCCAGGGGUUCCGGGCAGUGUGUUCAUUCAAGCGGCAGUAGGCGGAAAUAUCGAUUUCAUUCCUCUUCAGGAUUCGGAAAAUCAUAACGAAGAGGUAUGCAUCGGGUAUGCACCUGGCGAAAAAAGGAGAAGCUACUUCUAUACACCCGGAAGUGUUCAGACAUGGAGAGAAGAGAUGGAAAAGCAAUUCCCACAAGAAAAAGAAUCCAUUAAAAAAUUGGCUGCGGACGUCAGACUAGCGUAUCUCAAGUUUUACCCGUUCAUUCUUUUCCGCCUAAUUCCAAAAUGGUUCGCGGAGUUUCUCCUGCGAACUAAGUUGAUUGAUUUAAUAACAGGAUACAGAAAGGAGAGCCAAAUUACCACCAGCGAGGCUUUUGAAAGCAUCACGAAAAGAACACCGGACAUGAGCGUUGUUCUCCAGUUCCUGACCACGGAUAUUGCGCCUGCACAUUUCUGGUCAUAUCCACUCUGGACUUUGACAACCUUUGUUGUUUGUCGAGGAAGUGGAUACCCCAAAGGUGGAUCCUCCGAAUUUGCGUAUCAAAUGGGCUGCGAAAUAGUUGAACGAGGAGGGACAGUACUCGUUAAUGCGAAUGUGGAAAAAAUAAUUAUGAAUUCCUCCAACACAAAGGCCUGUGGAGUGACUGUGAAGAAAGGCAACAAACGUACCAACAUUUUUGCUCCUAUUAUUGUUUCAUCGGCAGGACUGGAAGUGACGAUAAAUCACCUGCUUCCUUCAAACAUCCCAAAGGCUUUACCUUGGAUCGAGGAAAUGAACAAACAUGUGAAAGUACCCGCUCAUGCGUAUUUUCACGCCUUCGUGGGUCUUCGCGGCACAGUAGAAGAACUUGGUUUGGUCACCCAUCCCUGGAGAUGUUUUGCAACGAACGAACCCGUUGAGAAAGCAAAAGCUAUGGAAACUGAGGUCCCGAUGAUGAUGUUCCUGGCCGGAAGUAGCGCUGACCCCACCUACAGCAUGAGAUAUCCCGGAAAAUGUGUCGUUCAAUUGCUGAUGUGCGCAAGCAGCAAGUGGUUUUCUCAAUGGGAAGGAGGGAAACCGAUGCAUCGCGAUGAUGAAUAUGAAGCUCGGAAAAAUGCAUACGGUCAUAAAGCAAUUGAAACAAUGUACAGACUGCAUCCACAAUUAGAGGGUCGAGUUGAAUACCUGAGCUUUGCGACGGACGUGACAGCUCAUCAUUACUUCAACAGAAAAUCAGGAGGAUACUCAAAACUUGCACUCACUCCCUAUAAGAUGUCUUUAGAAGCAUCAUUGCACCUAAGGCCCGAUACGCCCAUCGAAGGUGUCGCAUUUUCUCCGCAAAAAGUUGAGGGACAGCAAUUUGAUGCUAUAAUAAUCGGAAGUGGUCCUUCUGGAAUGUCGACCGGAUCUUAUUUGGCGAAAGGUGGGAAAAAGGUGCUCGUUUUAGAACAACAUGACACAGCUGGAGGGUCAUGUCACACUUUUUUAGACAAAGGCUACGAAUUUGACGCUGGUCAUCAUUAUUCUCCCUAUAUGGAUCCGAAAAUACCGACCAGUGUGUUCAUUCACGCGGCAGUAGGCGGAAAUAUCGAUUUCAUUCAGCUGAUGGAUUCGGAAAAACACAACGAGGAAGUACUGAUUGGUUACGCUCUCGGCGACAAAAAGAGAAGCUAUUUCUAUACACCCGGAAGCACCCAGACAUGGAAAACGGAGAUGGAAAAGCAAUUCCCACAAGAGAAAGAUUCAAUAAACAAAUUGGCUGUGGAUGUCAGACUGGGGUAUCUCAAGUUUGCCCCGUUCAUCCUUUUCCGCCUAAUUCCAAAGUGGUUCGCGGAGUUCCUCCUACGGACUAAGUUGAUUGAUUUAAUAACAGGAUACAGAAAGGAGAACCAAAUCACCACCAGCGAGGCUUUCAAAGGUCGAAUUGAUUAUCUGAGCUUCGCAACGGAAGUAACUGUUCACCACUACUUGAACAGAAAAUCAGGAGGAUACUCAAAACUUGCACUCACCCCUUACAAGAUGUCUUUAGAAGCAUCAUUAAACUUGAGACCUGACACACCAAUCGAAGGGUUGUUCCUGACCGGCGAAGAUACAUUCAUAGUAGCAGUCAUAACAGCCAUCUUAUCUGGGACUAUAACGGCUUCGAGAAUUCUCAAUAGGAAUUUGAUUUUAGAAGGAUUGGUUUGGCAUUUUUAUGAUAAAUUACGGAGGCGCAUAUUCGGAGAUUACUCGUCACAGUUACCGAAUAAGGGCGAACCUCAUUCGUAACACGUUUUUUACGCAGGAAAUCUAAUGAUGAAUUCACGAAUGGUGAUGGAACGAUUUAUUAUGUGGUGUACAUUCAGCCCAAUUUGCGAAAGGCUUAGUUUUCUACGUGAUUCGGAAUGGUACCUCAAUUCCUCGAGAUCAUGCAAUGUUA